UGGGGGGGGGGAGUAAGUGAGCUAGCCCGCGUGGGGCGCCGCGCCAUCGUCUCGCUGAGGGCGGGAGAAGGGGAAAUGGGAGAGUGCCUUCGCCGCGGGAGCUCGGCGCUCGCCUUGAGAAACGGAGCGGCCCCCCCAGGCGCCAUGAGCGCCCCCUGUCCCUAGCGGCUUGCCCCCCCCCCCAACAGGGGAGGCGGUGGCCGCGGCGAAGCCAGCCGCGUGCGGCUUCUGGGCCCGGCUCAGCCCCUUUUCAUUCUUUGCUAUUGUGGCGGCGGCGGCGGGCGCUCGUUCUAGCAAAAGCUCCAGGCAGGCAGGCGGACGAGCGGGCGGGCUUGCCGGCUGGCUUCCCCACACACGAGAGCGGGCAGGCUGCGCGGCAAUGGCUUGGUGAUGGAAGAACUGGAAAGGAACAGCAAGCUUGGUUCACCAGCACCAAAUGACAUGGAACAGCCAGUCACAGUGAGCUCUUUGAAAAGGCUGGCAGCUGUACCUGACCACACAGACGUUUCACUGAGACCAGAAGAGCGUGUACGGGCCUUAAGCAAGCUUGGUUGUAACAUCACGGUAAAUGAAGACAUUACACCCCGGCGCUACUUUAGAUCUGGAGUGGAGAUGGAGCGCAUGGCGUCUGUAUAUCUGGAAGAAGGAAAUCUUGAAAAUGCCUUCGUUCUUUAUAAUAAAUUUAUAACUUUGUUUGUAGAAAAGCUGCCAUCUCAUCGAGACUACCAGCAAUGUGCAGUUCCAGAAAAACAGGAUAUAUUGAAGAAACUGAAGGAGAUAGCAUUUCCAAGGACUGAUGAACUAAAGAAGGACUUGUUAAAGAAGUAUAAUGCAGAAUACCAGGAAUAUAUGCAAGGCAAGAACAAAUGCAAAGCCGAAUUACUGAAGAAACUAGAGCAGCAGAAAUUGAUUGAAGCAGAGAAGAAGCGGGUGGCACAGAUACGUCAACAGCAGCUGGAAACAGAACAGUUUCAGUUCUUUGAAGAUCAACUGAAGAAGCAAGAAAUAGCCCGUGACCAGAAAAUUAAGGAUAGCUCAGUUACUUCUGAGCAGACUGAUGGGGGCAUGUUGUCGUCGUGCAUUUCGGCACAUGUGAACAAUAGUUUCCCCACAACUAUCGCAAAUAAGAGCGGAGCCUCUGCUGGGCAGUCGCCUCCUAUAAGUCGAGCCUUAAAACCUGCUGCUACACUGAGUGCUGUUCAGAGUGAUGCAGCUGAAGGGCUACGGUGCGUGGUACUGCCCAGGGGUCUUUGUCCCAAAUUUCUGCUGCUAGCAGAGGCAAAUACAGUAAGAGGAAUAGAGACAUGUGGGAUUCUCUGUGGAAAACUGACUCACAACGAAUUCACUAUUACUCAUGUGAUAGUGCCAAAACAGUCUGCAGGGCCAGACUACUGUGACAUGGAAAAUGUGGAAGAGUUGUUCAGUGUUCAAGACCAACAUGAUCUCCUUACACUGGGCUGGAUCCACACACAUCCAACACAGACUGCAUUCUUAUCCAGCGUUGAUCUUCAUACGCAUUGUUCUUAUCAGCUCAUGCUACCAGAGGCAAUUGCGAUUGUUUGUUCACCAAAACAUAACGACACGGGAGUCUUCCGACUUACUAACGCCGGCAUGUUGGAAGUUUCUGCUUGUAAAAAGAAGGGCUUUCAUCCUCAUACCAAGGAUCCUAGGCUAUUUAAUAUAUGCAAUCAUGUCAUUGGGAAGGAUGUAAACAUAACUGUAUUGGACCUGAGGUGAUAGCAGAUGGAAAGAAACCCUUCCACAAAACAGAUGCCCCAAGGAGACCAUGGCUGCCAGAUUUUUCCUACAGUGUUUUCCAAAAGUUAUUGACAUUUUAUAUUUAUACAUUUUAGAUUUAAUGGUUUGAUAUUUAUUGCCCUUUCCCAUUUUGAACUUAUUUUGUUGUUCUGUCAAAAUGAAGUUCACACUGGAGUUCAGUCAGGACGUGUUAUUAUACUGGAAUACUAUGAAAAUAAAAGGAACUUGAAAUGCUAA